AACAGGAUAAUCACUAGUCUGAAGGAGGGCCUUGGUAAGAGGCUGUGAGAAAAGCAAGACGUCCAACUGUUCUGCUUUACAUCCUUACUGACACGUACUGCUUGUGCUUAAACACUAACUCAACUGGACCCCUCUACCCUUAGACCGCAUGGCCCUGACACCAGAAUUGAACAAACAGACCAAACUGAAGGAGGUAGCAGGGAUCCCACUGCAGGCUCCAACUGUGGACAACUGGAGGCAGAUUCAGACCUUCAAGGCCAAGCCAGAUGACCUCUUCAUUUGUACUUACCCUAAAUCAGGGACAACAUGGAUUCAAGAAAUUGUGGACAUGAUUGAGCAGAAUGGGGAUGUAGAGAAGUGCCGACAAGCCAUCACUCAACACCGCCCCCCUUAUAUUGAGUGGGCACGGCCACCCCAGUCAUCAGGGGUGGACAAGGCCAAUGAGAUGCCAGCUCCAAGGAUAUUAAGGACCCAUCUUCCCACUCAGCUACUGCCACCAUCUUUCUGGACAAACAACUGUAAGUUCCUUUAUGUAGCUCGAAAUGCUAAAGACUGCAUGGUUUCCUACUACCACUUCUACAGGAUGAGCCAGGUGCUCCCAGAGCCAGGCACCUGGGAUGAGUAUUUUGAAACCUUCAUCAAUGGGAAAGUAAGUUGGGGAUCCUGGUUUGACCAUGUGAAAGGAUGGUGGGAAAUUCGAGACAGAUACCAGAUUCUCUUCCUCUUCUAUGAAGAUAUGAAGAGGGACCCAAAGCAUGAAAUCCAGAAGGUGAUGCAGUUCAUGGGCAAGAAUUUGGAUGAAGAUGUUGUAGAUAAAAUUGUCCAGGGGACAUCAUUUGAGAAAAUGAAAAACAAUCCAAUGACAAAUCGUUCUACAGUCCCCAAAUCUAUCCUGGACCAGUCCAUUUCCCCUUUCAUGAGAAAAGGAAUGGUGGGUGAUUGGAAAAACCACUUUACUGUGGCCCAGAAUGAGAGGUUUGAUGAAAUCUAUAAGCAAAAGAUGGGCACAACCUCUCUGAACUUCUGCAUGGAACUCUGAUCAAGAUGUGAAGACACCAAGAACAGGAAUCUGUCUGCAAGCCUCAAUCCAGCCAAAGGAAGCCCUGAAAGCAAACUGUAAAUGCCAAGGAUUGUGUCUCUGACUCUGUGAUUACUAACAUCACAUUACAACUCAUAAAAGCAGAUUAUGUCCAAUGUAUACUUUGUCCACUAUUCGAUGUAAAUCAGUAAGACAGCUUAAUCAGCUAAUGAAUCAAACAACUUUGAAUAGUAUAAAUUUUAUGUUGGCAUUCUUCUAGAAGUUAUAGCCCGGAUUCUAACUCUGAAAUAACAACCUGAAGAGCAAACACACAAAUAAAAGAGAUCAUCUAAAUGAAAGUACAUGAAAUCCUAAUGACUUUUCUGCUCAAUAUGAUUUGCCAGGUUACAAUAGAAAGAAUCAGUUUGUGGACAACUUGUUGCAAUAUGUUCACAGGAAAAGGUUCUACCUGAUAGGAGGAAAGUGAGGGUAGGACUCCAAGGAGAUGUCAGAAAUCCAAAUGUUAGUAAAGGAAAUCCUAGUUCUGGGUUAUACAAGAAACAGAAGGAAGACAUGAGGGUGGCCUUUGGGAAGCACAAAUUAUACCCAGACAAAAGGAGAAUGGAGGCUUCGUGCUCAGCUUGGAGCCCAUUGAGUUUAGAUCUCCUGUCAUCUCUUCUAAGGAGAAGCUUGUUCUUUUGCCCACUUUAGCUGAGUCCAUAUUUGCUUGCCAGCAUAGUUACCUCCACAUCCCACCAGUUCUAUGUCUUAGGCAUCCUCUCCCUCCCAAUAACUGGGCAGUGUGGGCACACAGUCUGUUGCAUGAUAGCACAGAAGACAGACAGGCAAGCAUGUUUUAGGUCACAAUUUCUCAGCUUGAACCCUUUUACUUUAGUUGCAAACAGCAGCAUUGUUAAGCUGAGGGCAGUAGGAGGAGCCUGUGUUGUGAGGAGGAAUCCAGAGUCUACAGCAUGAGCUAGAAUGCCAUUUGCUUUCUAUCCCUCAAACCUACAAAGGUCAUGUGAUGAAGACUUGGGUAUGGCAUGUGUUACUGCCAGAAAGAGCAUUAGAAGGUGUUCUAGAAGUUAGUGGGUGGAAGCUAGGAAACUAGAACCUGACCUGAAAAGGAGUGAGUACUCCUGGCACUGGCUUUUCCUUCCCCUUGUUUCUUGGCCAUGGAAAAUUCAACAAAAAGAGGCGGGCAGUUUUGAUCUGCCAUUUACUCCCAUCAUGAUAGGCUGUGCAUCUCUACACAGAAUGUAAAUUCCAAAAACAAGAGCUAAA